CUUGUUUAAUUGCUAUAUACUGUCGUAUCCGUUUUUCCAAUAGAUCUAUAUUAUAAAAAAGAAAGUACUGAUAUAUUCACAAGUACCUUACCACUCGGGAAAUGCUUCUGUUUUGUCCUAUCUGCUCCAAUGCGGUUGUCGUAGAAGCCGGUGAUGGCAGCUCCAAUCGUUUCGUGUGCAACACGUGUCCAUAUCAACACACCAUUGGAAGAAUCUAUGGAGCGAAGCGCUACACGAUCAUGAAGCAAAUGGACGAUGUGCUGGGUGGCGAGGAGGCUUGGGAGUUUGCGCCGGUCACAAUGACUACCUGUCCAAAGUGUCACUGUCGUGAAGCCUUUUUUCGCCAAAUGCAAACGCGGUCGGCGGACGAGCCUAUGACUACAUUCUACAAGUGCAAGAACUUCAAGGACUGUGGCAAUGUGUGGCGAGGCGAUUAAAACACAGUCGUAUUCAUGAACAUAGCACAACUGGUAGACCUUCGGUAUGCGUGUUUCAUACAGUUCUUCGGCGCUGCAGCAUCUUACGACCGUUUAUCAGGUGUAGGAACGGAAAAAGAAGUUAGCAUCUCUGGCGAUGAGACUCCGACACAGCGAUGUAAGCAGAAAAGCACCAAUGUAGGUGAUUUCGAGAUGUUAAAAGUGUAUUUAGAGUUUAUUCGGCGAUAUCCAAGGGUGUUUAGCUAGCGAUUCGAGCGAGAGAGAAAAGACGCGUGUAUAUAAUUCGAGAAGGACGGACUGUCUGUCGAGUGCACACAGCAAUAUCCCAGAAUAGUCCGCCACAAGUUCCGACUAUGCAUGAAAUGUGACAAUGGGAUGGAGAGGACUUUGGAACCCAGCAAUGCUUGUGGAACCAGUGGAAAUGUGGAAGUCCAUAUAGAUGCCUUGCCGAAACAAAGCGAUAACCCACAACAACAUCCCACAAGUGCACGAACUUCCACUGUGGUGGCGAUCAGGGACAAGGGCGAUCAGCACAAUUCUGCAGUCCCUGUCGUAAAUUAACGUUGUUGUCGAAAUCUAUCUCAAGACCACGGGCGGGGAGCAGAAUCUUGACACCCAUGACUUGUGCACAGACCUAAAUAUGUGUAUAUGUGUUUUGCGAGGGGCGAUAAAGUUGAGAACGAUGUUGUAAAAACGAUGGGUCAACGCAGCGGAUAACUGUCGCACAUUGCAUACGAUAGUGAUACGCACGUAAUAAAGGCAGCACCAAUUGGUGCACAGGCACAGUGCAAUACUAUAUAUGAAC